AUGUCUCCCACGCAAUACAAACUUAUCUUCAGGGUACCCCCCUCUCACCUGGAAUCCUGCAAACAAGCAGUAUUCACUGCCGGCGCAGGGACAUAUCCUGGAGGGGUGUAUGGAGAGUGUUGUUUCGAAGUGCUGGGGAUGGAUCAGUUCCGACCAGCUGAAAAAUCGACCCCCUUCAUUGGCAAGCCUGGGCAGCUUGAGCGAGUCGCCGAAUAUCGAGUUGAGACAUUGUGUGUUGGCGAGGAUGUGAUGCGCAACUCGGUCAAGGCGUUGCGAAAGGCUCAUCCCUAUGAGCAAGUUGUGAUUGAGGUCGUGCAGCUUGUCGAUAUUGAGGGCAGUGACUUUUACUAA